AUGAGUUUGGCAAACUUGUAUAUGUGCAGUGUGGCGUGUGCGAUUAACCUAAAUAUUAAUUUCACAAUGGACUCCAAAAUAAUAAAAAAUUACCUUUUACCUAAAGCAAUAUACAAGCCUGGAAACAAGAUCGGUGCAACAAUAUUCAAUGAUAAUAGAACAAUUAACAAUAAGCUUCCUUUGAGUCUCGAGAAAAAUGCAAACUCUCUGAAUAUAAUGGAUAAUACUAACGUCUUAAAAUCAGUAUUGAAAAAUUAUAAAUGCAAUAAAUCACUGCCUUACUCUAGCUUAAUUGACAAAGAAAAUAUUAGCAAUGAGAGCAGUCAGAUUCAUAUAGCUAAGGAAAAUUCAGAGGUCGACUUGUGUAACACUACGCUCGAUAAUGCUUAUGAAUAUUUAUUGAAAUUAGAUGAAGAUACAUAUCUGCCAGACACUAUUCUUAAUGAAUACAGCAGUUUAAGACAAACAAGAGACUUAUUAUUAAAUUGGGUAAUUAAAAUCCAUCAAAAUCUGAAGCUAGAAAAUGAAACGCUGUAUAUGACCAUUGACUUAAUUGACAAAUUCUUGAUAAAGAAGAAAUUGCCCAUCGAGAAAUUCCAAUUGCUUGGUUUGACAUGUUUAUAUAUAGCUUCAAAAUAUGAAGAAGUACUACCACCAAGCAUAUUCCAGUUUGCACUUGAAUCCAAUGGUAUUUUCGAUUCUGAAGAAAUAAAGGAGUCUGAAUUUAACAUCUUAGAAACAUUAAACUUUAAAAUAGGUUAUCCAAGCCCCAUAGUUUUACUCGACAGACAGUUGGAUGGCUACUUAAACUAUAAUGAAAUGAAAUUCAUGUCACUUUAUCUACUAGAGAUAACGUUUGUGGAUUUUAGGUUCCUGAGCUAUCGAAUGAGUAUGAGAACAAAAGCAGCUGCUUUGAUAACUUUGAAAAUGUAUAAUCAUUCCAUUAAAGAUUUGAAGACUCGGUUUCAAAAAGAGGGACUGAUGCAAACGAUUGAAAAAAUAUGCAGAUAUAUUUUACAAUAUUUGCUUGAGCCAACUAUUCAUACUGAGCUUCAAAGAAAGUACUCACAAUUAGCUUCUUAUAAUGUAGCAGAUAGAGCAACAAAAUAUGUGAAGUGUUUAAUUAAAAAGUAUGCUUAA